AUGAACACCGAAAUUGAGAUCCAUGAUGGAAGGAGUGAUAACUCUCCUCUGCUUCAAGAAAAGCUAAUUUCGUUCAUUCAAGAAAGUCAUGAUAGCAUAAGGGAUGAUAAUGAGACCGAUCUUUCGACCAAGUCAUUUUCGAACCCUUUGAUAAAAUCGGUCCUGGAGAAAUUGGAAAAGCAUUCUUCCUUAUACAAGUACAUAGUCUCAGUAACUACGUUGGACUUAAAAGAACCCACUGAGGGGGGCUCUAAUUUUUCAUUCAAGAAUGAUAUAGGCGCAUCAUGGCAGUCAAAGAAAGAUGGGAUAUUUAAUUAUAAAUUAGAGGAUGUAGACAGCAAGAAGUGUUACUUGAUUACGAUUCUCUGGCUACACAAAUAG